AUGAAUAGUGAAGAAAAAAAUGAUAAAGAAACUAAUCAAAAUGAAGAAGAACUAAACAAUCUGUCACUUAUACUUGAUUCUCUAAAUAAUUCUAUUGGGAUAGAUAACACUAAUAAAAAGAAUGUUGGUAAUCUUUUAAAUUUUAAGCCUCAUUCUGAUGAAGAGAUUAUUAAUAAGAUAAAUACAUUCAAGCUAUUAAACUAUAAAAUAUUUGUAGGAAUUAUUAAUUUACAUUGCAAUAAAGAAGAUAGAUUUUAUGAUGACAAGUGGUAUGGGUGGUCAGAUGAUAUUGUAAAUGAAUUAAAAGAACACAAGAAUAUAUACUUAAUGUUUGAGAAUGAUAGUGAAAUAAAUAUCCAAGAAUUAUGUUUUAAUAAAGGAGGAGAUUUCUGGAAUGAUGCUAAUUUUUAUAAGUCAGAUAGCAAGUAUGCUAACAAGAUGAUAUCAAUUAUAAAAAGUAUUAUAACAAAAUUUGAAAAUGGAUUGGUAACUAAAUGGGGCAACCUUCAACCCAAGUCAGCGUUUCAAUUAGUAGGAGAACGAAUUAUGGGAAAUAAAAGAAAUUAUACUUUAAGUGAUGUUAAGAAUACACUUUUAAAAGAGAAACAAGAUAGUUUUAAAUUUAAAAGAACCAGAUUAGAAUUGAUAAGUAAAUAUUAUCACAAUUCUUUUAUAGAAUGA